UGGCCAAAAUUGAUCAAGGCACCGAAGCAGAAGAUAGUUAUAACCUAGAUCUUAGCUCCUGCAUGCUAUGGGAUUUUAGAAAGCACCAUAUGAACGGAGACAGCAUGAGGAAAUAAAGGUCAAUAUACAAUAAGUCACUCCCCAAUGAGAGAUAGUGAGAAGAGAACCAAGGAGAAUAAGAUGAAUAUGAAAUCUUAUCAUAUCAACUUUAUGAAAGAUUAUCACAAAAUAAAAUAACCAACGAGUUAUGAAUAUUCGGAAAAGAAUGCCAAACCAGUUUGAAUCCUUUGCAUCUGGCAAGACGUUGUACCCUCAGAGCAGGGACUCCAGUAAGUCAAGUAAGAAAGAGAUCCUCGCUGAGAAAGUUUUGGUUAAGAACUUCUACAAGAACAAUGAUGCUGAAGCCAGUGAACUUGAUAUCACAAUUCCUCAAGCAAAUCGUGUCCGUACUUCAAACAAGAGUAUUGAAAACCUUCAAGAAGAAAGCAAAUAAAAGGAUGGACUACCUUAUGCCGAUGGACUAUUCUAAAUAAUUCUCUCUUUCCGAAUAUAAAGCACCAAGCAAGUCUCUCAGGAACUCCUGGUCGGUUCCUCAGAGAUAAAUCUAUGGAGUCAGUUCAGAGUGCUGCUAGCCAGACUGAUGAUAAUCCUCAUCGGAAGAACAUUAGAGAGAAAGUAAUCCAGUAUUGAAAGCCAAAAGUAGAGUAUCGUAAAAGCUUUGUGAAGAAGCAAAAUCAACCAAGAAAGAAGUUGGUUCUAUCCAAAUUAGACAAAAUGAGGAUCCUUUCUGAAACUCAGCUUAGACAACUUCUAUGCAAGGAGAUUCAAGAGAAUAAAUAAGUUUUUAGAGUCCAGGAGCAAGUUAUUCAAGAGGAGAGCAAGACAGUCUAUAUCAAUUGAAGACAAAAGUCCGACUCAAAUCCAUGAUGAAGAGAAGGAUAUGGAGUUCAAGAGCAUUCGGAUUUCAAACCAUAAAUUGUCAAUUAAUCCACUAUCAACAAAGGAGAAUACUAUUCGUCACGAUCAGUUUAAAAAUCUAGCAUUCUACAGAGGAGGGAUCGAGACUAAGAAAUCAAGAAGAUGUAGGACAAGAAGAGACCCUGUUAAGAUAUCAAGGUCUUAUUUUCUGAAAUAAAAGUACAAACCCAAAAUGUAGAUUGAUGAAGAAAGAAACCACUAUAGAAACCGUAUACCCAAAAUACUGCAGUAAAAGUAACAAAAAGCUAGCUGAUCUCCAAGCAGAGCUUGCUCAAAAGACCAAAAACACCUCUAUCGACGACGUGCACAUCUCUAGCUUCAUUUCCUACUUUGGCAACUACCAACGCUGGAUCUUCAAGCGCACCUCAAACCCUUUACCGCACUCCAAGCCAGACUCCACUCUGUCCCCUAAAAUCCACUCAUCUGACCACAAUCCCCUCCACCCCCUAGUCCCCACUCCUUCCGCCAGCCAAGAUCACACCUAAAAUCACCCGUUUUCUCUUAAAAUCCCUAAAUUA